AUUAUACAGUACAUCGCCCACGAUUGUUUAAAGAAUGCUCCUUAGAUCCUUCGAUGCUUGAAUACCUCAAUACACCCAUUAUUGACAUUAGUGGUAUCUCUGCAAGGAGCUUUCAUGAUGACCUCAGCAGCGACCACUGCUGAGCAAGAACGAGCAGCAGCUCUUCGAGAUGCGGAGACGAAAGCUAUACAAAUGUUCGAAGAGAUUAGCAGGACUCUUAUCAAGCCAGGCCAGAGCGAGAAGGCUGUGAGUGACAAGAUCCACGAGCUCGGCAAAGAGCGUUACGGCGUGCGGACGCAUUGGCACAAACGACUUAUCAGAAGCGGGCCAAACACUCUACUUCCAUUCCGAGAUAGCCCACCUGAUCGCAUCAUCGAAGAAGAUGACAUUCUAGUAAUUGAUCUGGGACCGGUAUUUGAAGCCUGGGAGGCCGACUUUGGUCGCUCGUAUGUCCUGGGAAACGAUCCGGAGAAGAAGAAACUUGCAAAUGCUCUUGAUCCAAUGUGGCACAAGAUCAAGGCUAUGUAUCAGCAGCGCCCUGAUAUGACUGGAGGGGAGUUGUAUGAGAUUGCUGUUUCUGCCGCCAAGGAGGACGGGUGGGAAUGGAAUGCGGAUAUUGCUGGACACAUAGUUGGAGACUUUCCGCACGAGCGCAUUCCAAACAACAAGAUCACACACUAUAUCACGAGUGGCAAUACACAGUCAAUGGCGAGCAUGGAUAAGAAAGGCCAUAGAUUGCAUUGGAUUUUAGAAGUACAUCUCAGGCAUCCGAGUGGGGAGUUUGCUGGGUUCUUUGAGCAGCUAUUGACGGUCGAUUGAGGAACGAAGGGCGUCGCUGAGGCAAUGUCAAUUACCUACGCACUUCGCAGUAAAGAUAUAUUAAAUCUUGUCCAUGGCUUGCGUGUCAAGUAAAAUAACCAGGACAACGUGUUUCGAGGCUA